AUGGCUAAGAAGCUGCUUCACCAGUACUGGGACAUCCCAGAAGGCACCGAGUGCCACCGCAAGACCUACGCCACCACCAGUAUCGGUGGUGCCACCGGCCUCGUUGUCUCUGCCUACAGCGUUGCCCUCAAAACCCCCACCUCCUUCCUGGAGGGAGUGGCGAGGACGGGACGGUACACAUUCACCGCAGCCGCCAUCGGAGCCAUAUUUGGCCUCACCUCCUGCAUUAGCGCCCAGGUCCGCGAGAAGCCUGAUGACCCUCUCAACUACCUCAUCGGAGGCUGUGCUGGAGGCUUGACCCUGGGAGCACGCACCCGCAGCUAUGGGAUCGGAGCCGCUGCCUGUGCGUACAUGGGCUUGGCGGCUGCGCUGGUCAAAAUGGGCCAACUGGAAGACUGGAAGGUGUUUGCAGAACCCAAGGUGUGA